UCUGGUGCGUCACGUAAUGAAACAACGGAAGCUAACGGAGCUGUUAGCCAGUUUUGUUUACAUUCCUUGCUUGAGUUGCGUAAAUGACUAUCUGUAGCAACUAUGUCUUCGCUUUCAUCUCAGAGAGAGUUCACCAACGAGCCGUCACCUCCUGCUGACGAAACAUUAACAGACAUUAAAGAAAUCAUUGUAAAAUCAGAGGAAGAGAUCGACGACAGCUUGGAUUUCAGCGAAAAAACCCAACUGAUCGUAAAACGUACAGACCUUCAACAUCAUGAUAUUAAGAAGGAGGAGGAUUUUUCUGACCAGGAGGAGCCAGAGCCUCUAACAAUGAAAGAAGAACCGAGUGAGCUACAACAUCUGCAGAUAAAAGAAGAAGAGAAUGAGCUCUGCAUCAACCAGGAUGAAGAACAACUUGUGGUGAAGAAGCAGGAGAUGAAAACCUUUCCUGCAUCUCCUACCAAUGUAGAAAUAAGCUGCAGUGAACCCGAACCAAACAGGGAGCAACUCAUCUCUCGGGACGGCUGUGAUGCUGAGGACCGAAAUCAGGAAGAAAGCAAUGAUGAAGACACAGAAAUAAGCAGCGAUGAAGAACCGAAACAAAAUAACAGAUGUCAGAAAACCAGAGGGUAUGAUAACAAUUCUGACAAAUUAAAACAAAAAGAGCAGAAGAAAACGCACAAAGAUAAAAAUCUGUAUUCAUGUACGAUGUGUGAUAAAUUGUUUUCUCAAAAGACUCACUUGAUCUACCACAUGAGAACGCACACAGGUGAGAAGCCUUUCUCAUGCAAGUUUUGUGGAAAAUGUUUCAGUCGAGAAAGUAUUGUGAACAAUCACCUGAGAAUCCACACAGGCGAAAAGCCCUUCUCAUGUCUGACCUGUGGAAAAAGUUUCACUCUCAAACAUAAGUUGACGGAUCACAUGAGAAUUCACACGGGUGAGAAACCGUUUCCGUGCAACGCUUGUGAUAAAUCUUUUAAUCUAAAAAGCAAUCUGAAGCAGCACCUGAGAAUCCACACGGGCGAGAAGCCUUUCUCAUGUGUGACCUGCGGUAAAAGUUUCAGUCAAAGAAGUCAAGUAACGCUUCACAUGAGAAGUCACACGGGUGACCGACCUUUUUCAUGCGUGACCUGUGGGAAAAGUUACAGCCACAAAGGUCACCUAACUGAUCACAUGAGAACUCACACAGGUGAGAAGCCAUUUUCAUGUCUGACAUGUGGAAAAAGUUACAGUCAGAAAGGCCAUUUGACAGUUCACAUGCGAAUUCACACAGGUGAGAGGCCGUUUCCAUGUAGCACCUGUGGAAAAACCUUCAGUCGAAGAAGUCGUUUAAAAAAACACAUGAGAAUUCACACAAGAUAGACGUCCUGUGUGACCUGUGGGAAGUGUCUCAGUUUAAGGAGCAAGAAGCAUUUUAUACAGCUGUGAACUUUAAAUCAUCCCCUCACAUAUUUUUUUCUGAUUUUGCUUCUUGGUUACUGAAAUGUAAAAAUCCGUAGCAUCCGUGUCUGAACAAUGUUUACAUCUCUAAUGAAUGGACGGGUCUUCAGAACAAUCUUGUGUUGAACACACAGUAAGAGCUAUAAGGAAAGAAUAAAACUACUGUUUGCUCUUACACACACACAGAGGUUCACUUUAGAGUGACAUUAGGUCAUACUAAGCAAAUUCAAGCAUAUCUAAAUAAACACCAGCUUCUUCAUGUAAAAACUGUCUCUCCUGCUAAAGUUCAACAUGAGUGGAACGGCAACUACGGAGCAAAAUUGGGGCCGUAAAGUUUGUUCAAAAGGAAAAAAAAUUUGAAACUGAAAUUCAUCUGGUAUCGCAUGAUGAAAUUUAGGUCUCGGUAGCAAAUACCUGUUUCAUGAAAUGUCAAUUUGGUUUGAAUAUUUUUUUCCCUCUUUAUUUGAUGCACUCAGAUAAAACUUUAAAAAAAGCUAUUUUUGUUAUUUUUUUCAGGUUACAUGUUUCUGAUUUUUGUUUUGAUUUAAAACAUUCAAGUGUGACAAGAAGAGAAAAAGCAGAAGGAAUCUGUAAUGGUGUAAAUACUUUCUCUACUCCACUGCAGUUGUUUGCUCAGUAAUGGCGGCGUUUUCUUGUUGAAUUAAUUCAAUUAAUAUAUUUGAAAAUUCCCAGGUUAGAAGUUGGAGUCUGAAUUUAAACAAAAUUUUACAAUAUUGUAAAAAUGACAUGCACUUACUGACAAAGGUAUUGAUUUGCAUUGCUACUAACAGUUAAUCCACUGGUUCCCACUUUGCAACGUGAGCAAACUUAAACUGGAUGUGACAUCAUGAAGAGUUCAGAGGUAAAUGUGUAAAGGUUUGUAAAUAAGUCGCGUUUUACAUCUUGGUUGUUGAGUGCAAGUAAGUUGAUGAUGACAUCAUUUACAAAUCUGCGUAUGUAACUUUGCUUUACAGCACAUAACAGAACAAUCACAGCAUUGUACUGGAGACCAGUUGUAUUUGUAGAGUUUUAUUUAUGAAACAUACAAAUAAAUAAUAAAAAUCAUUA